CUGUAUUUGGAAUCAAUAUAUCAAUCAUCUACCUGUUUGAUUGAACCCUAGCUCUCACUCUCUCUUUCUCUCUCUAAAAAAAGCAUAAAAGUUUCAAUCUUUCAGGUAAUUUGAUUGGAGAGGCGAAUCCAGAAUUUGGAGCUUCAAUCAGUGGGAGCCUAAGGUAGCCUUGAAUUCUCCAAAAGGGAAUCUUGCUCAAAAUGGAUCAUCAUGGAAAUGGACAGCCUCCAGGUAUUGGAGUCGUUACUAGCUCAGCUCCAAUAUAUGGUGCUCCAUACCAAGCUAACCAAAUGGCAGGGCCUCCUGCAGUUUCAGCUGGUGCAAUUCAAUCUCCUCAAGCAGCUGGUCUUUCUGCUUCGUCAGCCCAGAUGGCACAACAUCAGCUCGCUUAUCAGCACAUUCAUCAGCAGCAGCAGCAACAAUUGCAGCAACAACUCCAAACUUUCUGGGCAAAUCAAUAUCAAGAAAUCGAGCAUGUUACUGAUUUCAAGAAUCAUAGCUUGCCAUUGGCAAGGAUCAAGAAAAUCAUGAAAGCUGAUGAAGAUGUUAGGAUGAUAUCUGCUGAAGCACCAGUCGUAUUUGCUCGUGCCUGUGAGAUGUUCAUACUUGAAUUGACUCUGCGUGCAUGGAACCACACUGAGGAGAACAAAAGGAGGACGCUGCAGAAAAAUGAUAUCGCUGCAGCCAUAACAAGGACUGACAUAUUUGAUUUCUUAGUUGAUAUUGUCCCAAGGGAGGACUUGAAAGAUGAGGUGCUUGCAACAAUUCCUAGAGGAACGCUUCCUGUUGGAGGCCCAACUGAGGGUCUGCCAUUCUAUUAUGGCAUGCCACCACAAUCUGCUCAACCGAUUGGAGCUCCAGGGAUGUACAUGGGAAAGCCUGUUGAUCAAGCACUUUAUGCCCAGCAGCCCCGUCCAUAUAUGGCUCAGCCAAUUUGGCCCCAGCAGCAACAACCACCCUCAGAUUCUUAAGCAGCUCAAAGCUUAGAUUACAGGAAUCCAGAAGCUAGCAGCAGUGAGUAGUCUGAGUAGCGAAGUACUGGAGAACACACUACACUGAUAUCAGUCUGCAUACUUUGAACUUUAUUUUAAUAUAUAUAGACAUGAAGCACUAGUUAUUAAAAGUUCAGUGUUCCCUUAGUGUAGCUUAAACUUCAUACCAUGAGCUUGAUGUUCUUGGUGAUGUUUAUGAACAAGUAUGUUUUUAAGUGUG